AUGAUCAUGGCAGCUCGGACUGGUCAGAGGGCCCUGAGAAAGGUGGUCUCAAUCUCGGGUUGUCGUCCAAAGUCGAUGACAGCAGCUGAAGCCCCCAAUCCGGCACAGGGGCCUGUGCGGAACGUCAGAUAUUUAGCUUCCUGUGGUAUACUGAUGAGCAGAACUCUUCCACCAAAUACUUCAGUGUUGCCUAAGGAGAUAGAUGCAAGAACUUUCUUCAAAGUAGCUGCACCAUUAAUAAACAAAAUAAAAGAAUAUUCAGAGAGGAGAAUUAUAGGAUACUCUAUGCAGGAAAUGUAUGAUGUCGUAUCAGGAAUGGAGGAUUACAAGCAUUUUGUUCCGUGGUGCAAAAAAUCAGAUAUAAUAUCAAAGAGAUCUGGAUGCUACAAAACACGAUUAGAAAUUGGGUUUCCACCUGUGUUGGAGCGCUAUACAUCAGUAGUAACCUUGGUGAAACCACACUUGGUAAAGGCAUCCUAUACCGAUGAGAAGCUUUUCAAUCAUUUGGAGACUGUUUGGCGUUUUAGCCCAGGUCUUCCUGGCUACCCGAGAACUUGUAUCUUGGAUUUUGCAAUUUCUUUUGAAUUUCGCUCACUUCUGCACUCUCAGCUUGCCACAUUAUUUUUCGAUGAAGUUGUAAAGCAGAUGGUAGCUGCCUUUGAAAGAAGAGCAUGUAAGCUGUAUUGUCCAGAAACAAGUAUACCUCGGGAAUUAAUGCUUCAUGAAGUUCAUCAUACGUACAGAGAAAAAAUAACUGGAACUGGUCACCUACUUGUAAUUUUAGUUUAUUCACUUUUAGAACAUGGUUUUAUCAUUUGUUUUCAGAAGUCAGAAAGCACUUGUUCAACCCAGCUUUGA